UGAAAACUUGGCAGUUACAACAAUUAGAUUCUUUUCCCUUCAUUGCGAGAUACGAAUAGUAUACUUUAGUGGCAGAAUUAUUUAAUCAUUUUAAAAUCAUCACUAUGUUGUCUUUAAUCUCUCUACUCCAAAUCUUUUCUUGUGUUUGCGCGUGUUUUUUUUAUCGCUUUAAUCUUAUUAUACAUUCUUUUGAUGUCAGAAAGAAUAUUAGCAACUUACUAAUCUGUCCUAUACAAUGGCUUUCAUUUUUCGAUAGACAUACUAUCCAUCUAUUAUAUCUGUAAUUGCAUUUAUGACUUGAUUUUUUUUGUCAUUAUACUCUUCUCUUUGUUAUUUAUGUUUCUCUCUCUCAAUAUUAAUAU